GUCGCGCAUUUGAUGGAAGCUCUUUCAUUCUGUAACAGUCAAGCAGCUUUGAUAAAAAUUUGUAACUGACAUAAUCAAGCUUGUUAAGUAUAAUUAAAAGUAGGAUAUUCGCACAAUUAGAUUUUUGUACGCUUCGAUCAAAUUCUUCCAGGCAAAAAUAUAGGAAAAUAAAAUCAUAACGAUAUUCUUUUCCUUUUUUGACGAAAUAUUCAUCUUUUAAAAAGAAAUUUUUAAACAAGAUUUUUUGUAUGUAUCAUCGACUAGUUUUUAGUCGAUGAUUUUCUAAGAAAAUAUAAGCAGAGGUAACUAAGAAACAAAACGAUGCACAGACUUCCUCUGUCGUUUGCUUUGCUCACUUACUGCGGUUACUGGAGACCAGCUAAAUGGCCACACACUUCGCUCAAGUAUCGUCUGUACAACGUUUACUCGGUGUUCAUGAUUUUGCUACUAUACUUCUUCACGUUCUGCUCUUGCGUGGAUUCGUUUACUAGCAAAAACCUGGAGGCUAUGACCGACAAAUUUUCUCUCUGCGUCUCUGUGGUAGGAGUCUGCCUUAAAGUAGCCAAUCUCUUUGUCCGGCGAGGAAAAAUUAUAAAUGUGAUGAAUAUAUUGUUGAACGAGAAUUGUAUUGCGAGAGACGAUCAGGAAGAACGCAUCCAACGAAAGAACGAUGAUUAUGCCAGAAAACUGGCGAUAUACUGCGAGAUCCUGAACGAAUCGGCAGUGUUCUUUGCGACCGUGGGACAAUACAAAAAACUCAUAAGUAUGAGAGAGUUACCAGUGUCCGACUGGAUGCCGUACGAUUUAUCCUCGCAAAAAGUGUACACGAUAUCCCUAGUGUAUCAAACAGUUGGUUUGUUGAUCUGUGCAAAUACCAGCGUGGCCAACGAAACACUGAUCGCAGGAUUGAUGAUACAAGUCGGCACGCAAUUUGAGAUAUUUUGUCAUCGAGCUAGAAAUCUAUCAUUCUCAUUGACGUCAGCGAGAAGGAACACUAUGUCUAACGAAGAAUUCAAGAUAAGAUGCAAUAAGAUUAUUGGGAACUUAAUUAGACAUCACUACGAUAUUUACGAAUUUGCUAAAACAGUGAACAGUGUGUUUCAGUACAUGAUUUUCUUACAAUUUUGCAUAAGUUCGAUAGUACUAUGUCUGAGUGUCUAUCAGUUUUCCACGGUAGAUCCGUUCAGUAUGAACUUCUUAUGGAGCGGCUUCUAUUUGUGCUGUAUGCUUAUGCAGGUGUAUUUAUACUGUUGGUUUGGGAACGAGGUGACGUUGAAGAGCAACAAAGUUCGCGAUGCUAUUUAUGAUAUGGAUUGGACCAUGCUACCUACUGAAGUAAUGAAAAGUUUAUUACUGAUCCUGAUUAGAACUGAUAGACCUGUUAAAAUGACAAGCGGUCACGUUGUUGUUUUAUCUUCGCAAUCUUUCGUGUCAAUCAUGAAGAUGACUUACUCUUCGUACAAUCUUCUGUCAAACUCUAAGAGUAAAUAA